GAUACAGAGUCUUAACCAUUGGACUGCCAGGAAGGCCACAGUUCUUGUCCUUCUUACAUUUCAUAAUUUUUGAAUUGACCCUGCAUCUUGGGAAUUCUCCUUUGAGAGUUGGUCGAUUUUCUUCACUUUUAACUUUUCUCUAUGCAUCUUUUUUUCCUCCUCUCCACUGAAAAAAAAAUCCUUGUCUUAAUUUUAUUCACUACUUUUUCUGUACUCCUCUUUAUCCAUUGGAUUAUACUUCUGUAUUUCAGUAACUUAAUAUUUUCUACCCUAUAGGUUGUCUCUUAACUUGUGAACUUUUCCACGGGUACUUCUAUAACUUGGUAUUUGCAGACAGAACUCGUUACUGUGUCCCCAACCACCAUUCUCCUUUUAAAUAGGCAUCUUUGGUUAACAUCUUUACCCUUAACAGACUCACUACCCUUCAUAUUUCUUAUCCCAAUCUUGGAGUGGUCUUUUAGUCUUUUUUCUGGUUUUCACUGUUCAUGUCCAAUAUCUUAUUAAGUUGUUCCAAUUCUUAGUUUUCUCCUUGAGGCUGGAUUUUUUUUUCCCCUUCCCUUGUUUCUGCCAUUUCUUCGUAUCCUUCUCUGCAGAUACAUAUCAUCUGAGGCCCAGGUUAUUGUAAUUCUUCCUUUUCAGUUUUCUUACUCCCAAGAUUCCCACCUUGUUUGCUUCCAAGAUUGUCUUCCUCAAACUCCAUUUUUCUGAUGUCUCAUUUCACAAGAUAAUCAAGAUAAUUUUCACAUCAGGUAAUUCCUAUCAGAGCAGUGAUAGGACCUUGUCCUCUAUUACCUUGUCCUCAAAUUUAAUCUGCCUCAGCCUCAUUUCUCUCUAGCAUAUUCACCUUGAUUCAUCAUAGUCACACUUCCUGUGACCUUCCACUGAUGUCUUAUAAAGCCCUUGCCUCUGUGCCUUUCUCAUGCUGUUCCUUUUGCUUAGAUUUUUCUUUGGCCCCAGCUCAUGUUCAUUACUCCCUGCAAAGACUAGCUUCCAUUAUAUCUUCUGAGUGAGCUCUCCCUGAUGAUUUCACCCUUAUUCUGUGCUGCCUCAGCACUGAUCCUUUAAAUUUGUAGUGUGGUCCAUGCACUUACUAAUAUGUUGUUUUGUAAUUAUUUUCUAGCACUCUGUAUUGUAGUUUCAUGUUUGUAUUUAUUUCCAAAAUUAAAUUGUAAGCUCCUUGAGGGCAGGAAUAAUAACUUUUACAUUUGUAUCUCCUCACCCCUUAGUGCCUAGUACAGUGCUGAGCACAUAGUAGGCGUUUAAUAAAUGCUUGUCAAAUUACUGUGUGCAUUGUUUAUGGUGUUCUAUCUACAGAAAUAUUUACACUGCUUUCAAGGAUAUAUGUCUCUUCAUUUUAUGCACAGACCCAUUUUCAUUAUACGUCAAUAACUGCAUUCAAGAUGGAAGACAAAAAAAUUAAAUGUUAGGAGGGUAUGUGUGAAAAGUUGAAAUGUGAAACUUUUCAUUUGUUCAGAUUUGUUUGUUGGUUAAGAAGGAAAAUAGGAAACUCUAUUAAGAUUACUGCUUAUCAUUGCAAAAGUGCUUGAAAAUAGGCUUUUUGUGUCUCAAGUAGACCAUUGGUUCCUAACUGGAGAAAUUUAGCAAUGUCUGGAGACAGUUUUGGUUGUACUAUCAAGGGAUGGCUGGGAUACCACUGGCAUCUAAUGGAUAGACACUAGAGAUGUUGCUAAACGUUCUGUGUGCACAGGACAGCCCCCACAAAAGAAAACAUUCCCAAUUUCCAUAUGUUUUAAUAGUGCCUGAGAAACCCUAGUAUAGGUAUAUUUAAGGUAUAUAGCAAAAAGAAGAGAGAGAAAAUACUAGAUUUUUUUUACAAUUAGAAAAAUCAGCUAUGCCAAGCUUUAUGAGAAUCUGUUUAUAUAUUUUAUAGUUUGUAAUAUUAUGAAAGCCUUAAUGUUUGGACUUCACAGCAACAUACAUGUAUGUUUUAAGGUUGCUUUCAGCAUCAGAUCUGCCUUCCAAAGUGGAAGGUGGUGUAGGAGUACAAGUCUAGUUUUAGCCUUCUGUAUCUUGCUUAUUCCCAUAAAAUGAAAGAUAAAACACUGGGGCCUAUCUUUAGCAGGGAGCCUGCAAAUCAAAGAUUUAGCUUUGGGGACAACACAUGACACUUAACCACCCCUUGGGCAGCCACUAGACAGGAAUGACUGCUAACUUCCUAACGAAACCCCAAGCAGACCCACAUAAAGUUUUUAACAUACUCUGUUAAUCCUGCUUAAGACGAUACAUGUAGGGGGAAAUAUGGCUAGUCAGAAAUACAAUUAAGAAAUUAAGUAGUGUAAAAGAAGACUUUUUAAAAACUAGUCUCUUUUUGCAACUCAAUGGUACUUUUGACAGGUUUUAAAAGGAUCAAUCCCAGAGUUAGAAAAAUAAGUAUAAUACAUCAAAGAAAUAACUGUGCUCUGAUGUGUUUAAUUAGUCUAGAAUGCUAGGUUUGGAAGUGACUUGAAAUCAUUUUCCCGUCUAUUAUUCUGUAAGGGAAGGUCCAAAAAGGUCAUGUGGCUUGCACCAGGUGAUCCAUUAAGUUAAUGGUACAGGUGGAAACAGAAUCCAGGCUUCCGGAGGCUUUACCUCUUUGACUAGUUAUGACCCUUGUUUUAUGUUCUUGAUUCAUCCAGUACCAUAGAAUGUAUUCAUACUUAGUGUCGCCUCUUGUAGUGUUUCAUUUUAGGAAUUAUUACUUUUAUCAGCUUGUAUGACCAAACCAGUACACUGGUGUCUUGAGUUAAAUUCUCUAAUGAACGCCUGAGUAGUCCAAGGGAUUUUGCAGUAUUGCAGCCGCUUUUUGAAGGUCUUGCUCUCUCAGGUCGGUCCGUAAUCUUGAAGAAAGCACACAGGAUGUGCAGCAUUGGCAUUCAGAACACUAACGAUGAAAACCGGCGCUCCUGCCGUCCAGGGUGUCGGUUUUAGGCAUCCUGUAACACUGGAGAUGCCCUUUCCCAGCUGCAGUCUUUAAAUUCCAAUAUUCAAGGCUGGUUCUACCCUGGGUAAAAUCAGGAAGUUAAAAAAAACCACCUUCGUGACGGGUGAGGCAGGAAUUGCGAAUCUUGUGAAAACUACGGUCAGAGGCUCUCACAAAAAUGAGCAGGGACGAAACCUGCAGUUGGCCCCCGAACCCAGGGCUGCAAGUCAGGAUAUAAGCGAGGCCCCGCCCCGGAAGUGAUGAGAGACUUCCGCCCACGAGGAAUUCUCGAAGCUGGUUGCUUCUCUGGCUGCAGUAGGGUUCUCUGCUGUUCGACGGUAGUGUGGCGGGCACUGCUCAGCUGCAAUCCCUUGGAUUCCCUCUCCCUGGGCGGGCCGGGGUGGAUCUGGGCGUGAACCUCGAGAGGCGGGACGGUGAGCAAUAACCCCAGAUGCAACCUCCCGUCGAAGGGUUUUUCUUAACGACUUACUGCUGCUAGAGUACACAUUUGGAACUACUCUUGGGGUUAUAACCCCAAUCUUUCCUGAGGUCUUCAGAGUUUUAUUGAAUCACGUUAACAACGUGUACACCUGGUACAUUUGGAAUCAAUGCCCACCAAAUCCCUCAGCUUGCCAUCCCAAACAAAAGGGAGAAACAGCAAAUGAUUGGAAAUAAGUACUAGGAGAUCUGAAUUUAGGAGAAGUUUCCUCUUCCACGACUGCAUUCUGUGUCCAUAUUUCCCUUAGAAUGCAGAAUACAUCUCUAUUUCAGCUUGGCAAUAAGUGAUGGCGGUUCCCCUUUAGCAGUAAUUUUUCCGUCCACACCUGGGCAGGCCCGCCUUCCAUCAAGGGCGGUGCUGUUCUCUCCUGACACACCUCUGCAUCUGCUCUCCCAGUACUGUCCCCAAGGCGAUGGCAAAGAGAUUCCUGUGGCACAGGGCCGCGCUUGCUAAUCCCAGUCUGUGAUCAGACAGCCCUUUGCAAGUUAGCCCCUUAUUUGACAUGGCUUUUUACCCCCUUCCAUAACCCUCAGUAACAGGGUAACAGCUAUGGCAGUCUGCUUUCUCUGAGUAAAUUAAUGUUUGUUUUACAGAAGUAUUGCAGAAAAGGGAGGCCCUCACGAGGAAUCUUACUGAAUUGCAGAUUCUCCGGUUACAAGAAAGCUGCCUGUCUGAAUUUUUAGAAGAGCUGCUUUUGCUGGUUCCAAAGAUUCUGUUACUAGAAAACUCUGCUCUGAGCUGGCUCCUGCAGCUCCUUUGAUAAUGGCUGAGGCCAGUUCCUGACUCUUCUGCUGAGUAAUACCAGAGAGUCCUCUCACGAACCACUGAGAGGGAAACCUCCAGGAUCCUAGAGCGGACUACGUGGUAUCUGGGGCGGGGUUCUGCGGAAGUUGACCUGUGGAGGCCACUGCAGGAAUCAGAGGCCCCUCGGGUCGUCAAAGCACGGUUUUCCGGGAAUCAAGGCCAAAGGUAUGAACAAGGUGUUAAUUCUGAAGGGAAGAUUUUUGUAAGGAUGGAUCCACACCAGAAGGUCCCCAGCACAUAUAAUGGGGAUACUUUACAGACUCCUGAGAAUGAAAAAGCUUCUUAUAACUGGUAUGAGGACCAGUUAGAAAGUCAUGAGGCGAGGUCUGCAGAAGAAAGACGGUAUACAUGCAGUGAAUGUGGAAAGAAGUUUGCUCAGAGCUCAGGCCUUGUUCGACAUCAGAGAAUCCACACUGGAGAGAAACCCUAUGAGUGUGAUCACUGUGGAAAAGCCUUCAGUGUACGCUCAACUCUCACUGUGCAUGAAAGAAUCCACACUGGUGAGAAACCCUAUACUUGUAAUGAGUGUAGGAAAGCUUUCAGUGUGAGGGCACACCUGAUUAUACAUCAGAGAAUCCACAAUGGAGAGAAACCCUAUGAAUGUAAUGAAUGUGGCAAAGCAUUUAGUGUGAGCUCAGACCUCAUCAAACAUCAGAGAAUCCACUCUGGUGAGAAACCUUAUGAGUGUGAUGAGUGUGGGAAGGCCUUCAGUGUGAGUUCAGCCCUUAUCAAACAUCAGAGAAUCCACACAGGAGAGAAGCCAUAUGAGUGUAAGGAGUGUGGGAAGGCCUUCUAUGUGAACUCAGCCCUUAUUAAUCAUCAGAGGAUUCAUUCUGGAGAAAAGCCCUAUAAGUGUGGAGAAUGCAGAAAAGCAUUCAGCCAAAUCUCAACGCUUAUUCAUCACCAGAGAAUCCAUACUGGAGAGAAACCAUACGAGUGUGAUGAGUGUGGGAAAGCAUUCCGUGGGAGCUCUAAUCUUACUAAACACCAGAAAAUACAUGCUAAAGGAAAGUGUAAUCAGUGACUUAACAUGUGUGGAGAAACUUUUCAAUAUAGGGGUAAAUCAGAACACCAAAAGGCCAACCCCACAAGAGUAAAACGACACAAAUGUAAGGAAUGUGGAAAGGCCUUUGCUCAGAGCUCAGGGCUUGUUCAACACUGGAGAAUUCACACUGGAGAAAAAUCUUAUAAUUGCAAUCAAUGUAGAAAAGCCGUCAGUUAUAAAUCAGCCCUUCUUUCACAUCAGGAAAUUCAUAAUAAAAUAAAACGCUAUCGGUGUAAUGAAUGUGGGAAAGCCUUCAGUCAAAACACAGGCCUGGUUCUUCAUCAGAGGAUCCAUACUGGAAAGAGACCUUAUGGGUGUAAAGAGUGCGGAAAAUGCUUUAGUCAAAGUUCACACCUUAUUGGACAUCUGAGGAUCCACACUGGAGAGAAACCCUUCAAAUGUAAUGAGUGUGAGAGGGCCUUCACUCAGAUGUCAGGACUCAUGGAACAUCAGAGAAGUCAUACUGGAGAAAAACCCUACAUGUGUAAGGAAUGUGGGAAAGCUUUCCGCAGGAGCACCAGCCUUACUCAACACCUGAGGAUCCACACUGGGGAGAAGCCCUACCAGUGUGAGGCGUGUGGCCGAACCUUCAUUCACAGGUCAAGCCUUGUUCAUCAUCAGAGGAUCCACAGAGGGCAGAAGUCUGUAUCUAUAUCCUAAGCAUAAGAAAGCCUUCACCUAGGCCUUAGUGAACACUUUAGAAAGCUAUGCUGAAUACAGACCUAAUCAUUUUGUAAUAAAUUGAAGAAAUUGGGGAUGUGGUGUCUCCAUUAUCAUUGUUAUUCUAGAUAGUCAAACUAGAAGACAUUUUGGUAUCAUCCAUCAGAUUGAAAGAAGCUGGUAGCUUGUCUCUGGAGCAGACCAGAUUUUGGGCUGAAUCUUUUAUGGAUGCUGCUAUUUCUUUCUCCCAUUCUUUUGAUCCUUCUCCUCUGUGGUCCUUCAGCACUUUUGUUCCGUGAAGUCACUAUCA